AUGUCGGAGAAGCUGAAGAAAUUUGUAAAAUCUACUCUGUUUGGGAGGAAAAAGGGCAAAAAGGAUAAGAGAAUUGUAAGUUGAUGGUAUUCUAGGCCAUUUCUAGGAUGAUUUUUUUUUUAAUUUUUUUACGAAAGUAUUAUUUACCAGUCCACGAAGUAUUUUACGAAUGCAUUAUAGCAUUGUAAGUUGUUGUAGCCGCUCUUAUGUCAUCUAAAUUUUAUUAGGAUGCAAAAUCUUUCUAUAGCGAACAAUUUUAGAGCUUUCAAAAGUCACUUUUUGUCAAAGUGAACUUUCGUACAAAGGAUCGUAUAUGACCAAAAUAUAUUUUCUUUAAAGACGUUUCGUGUGGAAGGUCCUAAUGAUUCAUAGGCUAAACGAAUCUCCUUACAACAAAACCCUUCUCUAACCAAUUAUUUUUUUGGUUCUGUUGUACAGAGGCUUUUUAAGUUAAAAUUUUUAUACCUUUAAAAAAUUUUCAGAAGCCAAUAGAAUGCGCUGAAGUCCAUGUUGCGGCGCGCCGCCUCACCCAACGCAGCGCCUACGAAUGCGAAGAUGUUGUGGACAAGUUCCAAUCCCAACGUCACUCAUUUUAUCACAACCAGACUCGGCGCACCCGAAAAACGGCCAAAUCGAUGGCUUGCGGCGAAGAUCUGGACGAAGCGGCCUCGGAUUCGGACGAAGAAAUGGUUCCGAAACCGCGAAAGGUGGCGUUCAGUGGGAACAAUCGCAGAUAUUUGUUCGAAAAACAGAGUCCGGAGCAAAGUUUGGCCCGAGAAUUCGAUCGAAUGUCCAUGCGGAAUAGAAGAAAUUCCCGGAAUUAUGGAGAAGAGGACAAGGAUCGUCUGAUUGAGGUGGGUAUUUGAGAUAAAAAAAAAAUUUUUUUUUUUUUGAAAAAAAUUUCGGCGACAUGCACUGUGCGAAAAACAGUUCAUUUUGCACUGUGCAAUUCCUUGUUUUUUGCACCGUGCAAAUGCCUUUUUUUGGGCUGUCGCUCGCAUCCUGAAUUUUUCUGCACAGUGCAAACGCCAAAAAUCAAACAAGCGACUUUAUCUAGGGACUAGAAAAUAAUUUCAAGGUAAUUUUUUUAAUUUUGAAAAUUCGAAAAAAACAUUUUUUCCCAGAAGUGCUUUAGGGGAAAAAAACGAUAUAAUGAUGUCGCAAAUAGCUAAAUUCACAAAACAAUCCAAUUUUCACCAGCUUUGAGACAAAAAUUUUUGGUUUUUUUUCAGUUUUUCGCGUUUCCCCAAAAAAAAUUUUUUUUUAUUUUUUUCCAAAAUGAGUUCAAAAAUUCAAAAAUCAAUGAUUCCAUUCCAGAAGCUAAAAAUGGAGCUUCGUCUGGCGAAUCAGCAGAUCUCCCAGCAGGAAUUCAUGAUCGAGCGCAAAGAGCGGAAAUACGACAAGCUGAAAGGGAAGUACAUGGACGUGAGAGCGCAAAAGCAACACGACGACACCAUGAACCAGUCCACCUUGAUGCGGAACAGCAUGCUCUUGCCCAUGUACCAGCCCCCAUACUAUCAACAAAUGCAGUUGCCGCAAAUGCAGCCCAACUUCUUCAACGCGCCCGCAAACCCGCCAUUCUUCAUGCCUCAGGGCGCAUUGCCUCAGGCACAGUUGCCUCAAAGCCUAAUUCCGACGCCUCCAUCGACGGAGCGGAGUUUUGUCUCGCCCGGAAUGGCGGAAAUCCAGCUGCAACGCAACGAAAGUGACUUGGAAUCGGUCAAGAACUUCCGCCGAAACGAUGCGCCCAUGAACUUCGAAGCCGCCAUGGAGGGCUACGCGACGGAGGAGAGCUUCGUGGGCAGCUCAAAGAGCAUGGAGAAAAUUGCGCACGCGCCUAGUCAUGUUGCCAGCGGAAGGCGGAGUCAUUAG